AUAACAUUGGAAGAUAAAAUACUUCGUGUCUAAAAAGUAAUAAAAUGUUUGUAAAACUUUACGCGUUUUGCCUUAAUCGAUUAUUUAGCAGUGUUGGAAAGUCAACUAGCGUCCAGAAGCAGAGCAGAGUGCUGCGAAAACUGUUGCGUGGAUCUAAUUUGCAAAAGGAGAAGUGGUAUGCAGAAAAAAAUCCUGCCGUUUCGAUAGGCCAUGCGAAAGCCGGUGGAAGAGAGUCGCACAGACGUUCAGCAGUCUUAAACACACUUUUCAUGGAACAGAUUACAAAUCUUCUAUCAACAGGAAAGCAUUCGGAAGAUCUACUUUGUUAUGGCAUUCAUAUUUCGCGAGUUAAAAUAUCCGUUGAUUUUCAUUGCAUUAAUGUGUUUUGGUUCUCGAGCUGUGAUGCAAAUGAUGAUGAAAUCGGAAUAUUACUAAAGCGUAUUUCUGGAUCACUUAGACAUGAGCUCGCUCAGUUGAAAUUAAUUGGACUAGUUCCAAGACUCACUUUUACAAAAGACAAAGCAUAUAGUUAUUUAAACGGUUUAGAUAGUGUACUUAAGCAAGCAGAUUAUGGAGAAUUCAUAAGACAUGAUCCUGUCUUAGUCCUAAAAAAUGAAACAGAAUUCUACACAGAAUUAUCACCAGAAGUGCGGAAGGAAAUAGUUCAGUUGGAGGAUGAAUCCUGGGAGACACUAGACACUCUUCCUGUCAUGCGAAAUGAUGUAUAUGGUAUAGAUCAUUUUACAAUUAUGCACGAUAUUAAAACAUCAUUGAAGAAGUUCCAACCGCGGGUUUAUGAUUAAUAAUUACAUAGCUAUUAUUAUCCAAGGUAAUCGGAUGUUGCCAACUAUUUUACCUGGCAAUAAGUAAGUACAAUAAA